CAGAAUUCUAUUCCUAUCACGUCUUUCGUGUAUUUUUUUUUACUUUGGAUUUCUCAUUACUUACCACUCCGUUGCAAACACCAUACAUCUUAUUUUGGAUCUGUUUGCAAAUUGUUUCAAACCCGUUUAAGAUCGUUUUUGGUUUUCCUCUGUGCUAAAGCCUCACCCACUUUUUUUCCCCCUUUAUACAAAAGGAUAACGGAAUACCAACAACCCCUUAACCCACCCCUCUUCAGGGAAAAAAAUAAAAAUAAAAAUAAAAUAAACCCUAACAGCACCCUCAUACACACACAGAGUACCCCCACUUAGAUAGUCCAGGUUUCAUGUCUCAGUAUAAGAAAUCCACCCCUAACGGGAUUGGUGCUGAAAGACCCAGCACACCAGGGAAAUCUCAAAUUGGAGCGUCUUCUCUUAGGAAACUUCUUUCUUCGCAUUCUUCGAUUUAUAACGCGUUAAAUAACCCUGAUCUUGAUGGUCCAGUGAGCACUUCUCCUGAUCUUAUUGGUAGUCCGCGGUUUCUGCCUGAUCUACAAUUUUCGAUGACUUCGUGGCAACUGAUUGGUGAUCGGAAUCAGGCAACUAAUAGGUCUGGAUCUCCGUCUGUCACGGCUGCUAAAAGACCUACAACCGCCUCCAUUCUACUGUCGGUGUCUAGUGAAGACAGUCGUAUUGAACCAGAUGAUAAUUGUGAUUCCACCAUUGUUAUUCCAUAUCCUAAAAAGGUGAUGGUUUUUGAAACUGAUGAAGAAGAAGAUGACGAUGAAACUUUGGGAGGUCCUGUUCACAAAAAAAUCUCCCCCAUAGUUCCAAUUUCUCCUUCUAUCCCUAAUUUCAAAUUGAAUCAAGAUUCAUUUGUUAUGCCAAGAAUGACUGUUUCAGAUAAUUAUACCGUGAAAAUGCGUAAGCAUUCAAGGCUGCAAAAAAAUUCUAUUCGCGAGAAUGAAAAGCAAACAAGUUUCUUGAAAAUUGUUGUUUUAAGCUCAUCAGCAUAUGAGGUUGAAACGGUUCAAUUGGUUGAUAAUCUCCGUAAAAAUGUAGCUUCAUAUUCCCAUAGACUUUGUUUCAGUCAAAUUUCAUUGCAAAAAUCACCCCUUGAUGUGGAUGAUGAAGAACAUAUCAGGGAUUCAAACUUGAUUUUCUUGGUUAAUGAUGGGUCUUUUGUGCUUGUAGAUUGUUUGUCCAAAAUAUUCCCCCCUGGAGACAAUGAAACAUCUAGCUCAUUGGAUGAUUUACUCCCAAAAUUAACCAUCAUUAAUAUGAUUACAGUUAAUUAUUUUGUCAAUUUAUUUGAACUUAUAAAUAGCGUACAGCCAUAUCAAAUUUGGAAAAUCUCAUCUUUAUCGAACGAAUUACUCAACAAAAAUAUCAAGGAGUUUGUUGAACUUGAACUAAAUGGACCCGAAAAUGGUAAAGAUUCUGAACAAAGCUCUUUAAGUCUUACAUUCUUAAACUCUUCAAGAAGUAGGACAGUCUAUUCAAGCCUUAUAUCUUCAAAACGACCAGACUAUAAACGAAUUGAAAAGAAAUUCAAGACUGAACUUCAAUUAUCUGCAUCCAAUCUCAAUGAUGUUGACCCAUUGUCAAUUUCAGCAAAAUGUAACUAUGUAAACAUUGUUACAUCUCUUGUUAAUAGUAUUUCUCCCGUUAAUAACGGUGUUGUUAGCGGGAAGGUUUGGAUUUUAUGUAGCUUUGCACUUGGUGUUGGGUUGGGAAUAAGCAUUGCUAAUGGAGCUGCUACGAUAAUUGGAUUAUCGGUGUGCAACACUCUUUCGUCCCCUUGGAUACUUGUACAACCAAAGCAACCUGAACAACUUCUCCCUAUGAGAGUUGGUUCUGUCUCUGGUAUUUCCUCGAGUCCUAUAAUCGACUCAAUCAAGACUCUUGGUGAUAACAUAUAUAUUUCUUCAACUGAGGUAUUGCGGAAUUUUGCAGCCGUGGUGAGCGACACGGCUUUGCCCGCAAGUUUAACAGAUUUGCACAAUUUAUUUACCUUAUCCACAGAGUACCUUCGCUCAUUUAACUACACUAUUCUUGAAUGUGUAAGUGGGGGACUAGAAAAAGUCGUGGGUCUUAUCACGUACAUCAACUUUUAAAUUAGUGCUAGAAGUUUGAUAAGAAAAAAAUGAAAUUGAAAAAUUGGCUUUUCUUUUUUAUUUUCUGAGCAGUGAAAUUCUGCUUCGUUUUUUGUUUGUGCAUGGUUUUAUGGGUCGGUCGGUUGCUCCUAUUGAGUAAACUAGGAAGUUCAAGGUUUGGGUAUUAUAUUGAACUGAUUUAUAUAGUUGUUAAUAGUUUCCUAAAUAAAAAAAAUAAAAAAAUAACGACA